AUGGACGACGCCAAUAAUCCCAAGGGAUGGACCGAUCAUGAGAUCCUCUCCAGUCUCUUGUACCUCAUCCAAAAGGACAACAUCACUCUUGAUUGGGAUGGAGGUCUCUACGCUGCUGGCCGCACUGCCAGUGGCUUCAAGCAGAAGACCAACAAGCUCAUCAGGGCAUUCAGGCCAGAGUGGGAUGCUAUGGCAUCUGGUGCACCCGUCCCUCAGGCCACUCCCAAGAAGGCAUCUGCUACUACUCCUCGCAAGCGCAAGUCCAAGACCGAUCAGGAGGACGGCGAGGAUGCCCCUCCAAGUGUCAAGAAGCCGCGUGCUAGGCCGAGCAAGAAGGUUGCUACGCCCAAGAGUGAGGAUGACGAAGCAGACUUGGACGUCAAGGCCGAGCCAAAGGAGGAGGAGGAUAAGGAGAUCGAUGCGGAGGUUUGA